GGACUCUUCUUUUGUCGAUAGGGAAUCAUUGUUCAUCUGACGGCGGCAUCAUGAUGGUCAAAUUUUGGCUCCCUACACUCCUAACUGCCUCAGUCUUGAGCGUAGUGAGCUGUUCCCCGGCGUCGCCUUGGACAGAAGAUCCUCUGAAACACAUCGAGCUCGAGGCUCCAGAUGGUUCAUUCAAGGCACACUUCAUGGCCCGAGGUGCAACUACCACCAAUUUCUGGGUCAAGGACAAGUAUGGUCAAUUCCGAGACAUCAUCCUUGGAUUCGAUAAUCAUACGGACUACGCGACUGACGCCCUUGGACAUCCGUACUUUGGCCCUGUUGUAGGAAGAUAUGCCAAUCGAAUCAGGAAUGGUACUUUCACCAUCCCAAUCUCCAAAGACGCAUCUGGCCCCAACAAGUUUCAUGUACCUGAGAAUGAGAAUAAUGGUACUGAUACUCUUCACGGGGGAUUGAUUGGCUAUGAUCGCCGCAACUGGACUGUCGUCGAGCAGACGAAACACACCGUGACAUUCUCACUUCUGGAUCCUGAUGGCUUCCAAGGCUUCCCGGGUACUGUUCACACAAUGGUCACGUAUACCUUGAUGAAUGGCGGUGCCUGGAAUAUUAAGAUGCACUCCGUCGCUGAUGCAGAGACGCCCAUCAUGCUCAGUUGUCACCAAUACUGGAACUUGGAGGCUUAUAAUGAAACGCAAGACUUGACUGGUCAUUACGCCCAUAUCCCUUCUUCGCAGAUCAUAGCAACAAAUGGUUUACUCAUUCCUAACGGCUCUUAUGUCAAUAUUACGGGGACGCCGGCCGAUUUUAACACGCCAAAGUCAAUUGGUGACAGCAUCAAUGCUACGGCGCCUUAUGAAUUCUGUGGAACUGGUUGCGCCGGAUUUGACAAUUGUUUCAUCUAUGAUAACAAGAAUACAAGUGCGCCAGAUUUCUCCUUGUGGAGCGUGAACUCUGGAAUCAGAUUUGAUGCAUGGACAAACCAGCCUGCUCUCCAACUCUACGCUUGCAAUGGAAUCUACAAUGCUAGUCUACCCAUCCCAAGAAAGCAAGAUCAGGGUGGACCAUCUUCGUACUAUCAGGAUCACUCAUGCGUUGUGAUCGAACAAGAGUCAUACAUCGACGCGAUCAACAACCCGGAGUAUGAUGCUAACCAGAUUUAUGGACCUGGACGUGACUAUGUCUGGGAGUCGACUUAUGUCUUCUCUGUCAUGAAAGACUAAACCGAUGUUGUUGGCUUCAAUCUGUAUUCUUACCGCUAAAUACGCCAUAAUUGAUUAUCUAUAUGUGAUUUAUUUUAUAUCUUCAUCGCGUUGAG